AUGGCAGAACAAGCCAUCAUCAUUGAGCUGGAGAGGUAUACCAAGCAACACUCAUUUUUGCUCAUGAAUUAUUAAUGUUAUCAAAUAUAAAAUUGAACCCUCCUCUUUAAUGCCUUAUAGAUUAAACAUGAAUGUGAAAUUAGUGGUGAAAUCACUGAAAUGAACGAGAUCAGCCAUCGAAAAGGUGAGCACAGUUCAGACACCAUAAUUGGUGCGCUUAUAGAAUAUAGUGUUUCUACAGAGACUCUCAGGGUACCGACAAUUAAUAAACUUAACAGCAAUACAACAUUAAUGAUGGCCUUGUUUUGCAUCUGGAUUUUGUAUCUGCAUGGCCUGGUCUUAAAUAUGCCUUCCAAACCUUUCUGUGCAUGCGUACAAAGGAGAGUCACCUGAUCAUAAUAUGAGUUGUUAAACAGGGUUAUACAUUCUUGAAAAGCUUGUUUGUGCUGCAUUUAUAAUUUCUUUUAAUACUACAGAAGCACAAAAAUGUGUAAAGUUGCUACUCUUGUCUACUUGGUUGAUAAAGGCAAUUGUUUUGAUAGAAAAAAUUGUAAACAAAGCUUAUGUAAACAUGUAACAGUCACCACAGGGCACAGCAUGUUAGCAAUGUGUAUGGUGUAUCAAUAUUUAGGAAUUAAAGCUUUUUGUUAUCUAAUCUUUAUUUCAAAUAAUUUAAAUUUGCAAUAUGUUUAUAGACAUUGAAGCUAAUACUAGUGGCCAAGAAAAUAGAAAAAGAAAAAAAAGAAGAUAUUGAGUAUGGUUCUGAUCAACCAGAUGACACCAUAAUAUUAAGUCGCUUAAGUGCCAUUGAGGACGAAGGGCCAUGUCAAUCAGCUGACACUGUAAUAUUAAGUGCCACUGAAGAAGGGGACAUGUCUUUUAAAGCAAACACAACCUUCAAGUGGCCUGGUCUAUAG